AUGUUGAGUCCCUCGCGCCGACCUAGGCUGAGGAUCAUCCUCCUCAUCGCCCUCGCAUCCAUUACGUCCUAUUACUUGCUCUUUAGCGGCCCGAGCCCUCGUUUCAACAUUGUGCCCUACCUUCCUGCAGACACCCAGGGCAACCAGCCUACUACUCCUGCACCUCAGUCGCCUCAGUCUCCUCCGAUACCUCCUAAAGCACCCGAAGUCCCCCCCAAAGCGCCUUCAGAUACCAAUAGCGAGACUACACCUUCCAAAGACAAAGAUGGUGGCCAAGAUGACAAGAACAACGAUGCGCCCGCCAAAGACGAAGGUGGCGGCAACGAUCAGCCCGCCAAGGAUGAGGACGAUGGCUCAAUUCAAAACGGCAAGCCGUCUUUAGAAGAGAAGCCUCAAGACGACUCUAACAAGGAAGAUGCUCCCAAGAACGAUCCUCCCAAAGAAAAUGAGAACCAUGCUUCAGAGGCCGACAAGGAACAAGAAAAGCCACUCAACAUGGAUAUCGAGACCUAUAACAAGGAGAUUGAAAUGCUAGAUGCUUGGGACUUGACCAUCGAAGAGUUGAGGCAAUGGAAGGACAAAGGCGACAAGGAAAAUUAUGACGACGUAGCCCCAGGCUAUGAAACUGACGGCAAGGGAAGAGAUGCGGGCACCAUCAGCAGACUCCAGCAUGAAAAAGAUAUGAGGAAAAUGUGGAGAUACGCAUACAGCACCACAGCCAACCUCGAAUCUUCCGGCAAAAUCUAUGGUAAUACUCUCUCGACUCUCGAUUACAAGGAGAAUCGCACGGAUGCAAUGCGACAAAAGCUCAGAGAAGACCCCCAAGCGGACGUUGGCUUCAGCGUCGAUAAGCCCGUUCGCUUCAACCCGUACCCAAAGUACAAUAGUGACGAAUGGAAAAAGCAACGACACGCCGCUCACGUUCCCUGCAAGGGUCCAACCGGAGAGCCUGUCGAAGACCUGCUAGUCUUCAAGGGUCGUCCUCACAAUUUCCCUGAGCCCAACUUUGGAAGCUAUUCUUUGUUCAACAUGGAUCCCAACUUGUGCUGGGAGAGAGAUACGCGACUUGGCCCCUAUGGUCUACUCGAACAAACAAAGAAGGCGGCUGACAAAGUCGAAGUUAUCGACUGGGAUAAUGUCAAUUGGGGCGAUCUGCAAAAACGAUGCUUGGAGGCAAAUGCUGCAAGAUUCGAUUUGAACAGAGAUAAGAAGAACCCGUAUUUGGAUGUUUACCCUGAGCUUGCUAAGCCUGAAACUCCCAAAAACGAGGCUCCCAAAGACGCCGAUGACAAGGCUGCCACUGCUCAAAAGGAUAAAGAGUCACCAGUUCAACCUCCCAGGGAGGACGACAAGACGGUCAAGAUCAAGGGGCGGUCGCCGUUUGACUCUUCUGGCGGAGAGGAUGAGGCCAAGAUUGUAAAAGAAAAACGAUCCGUUAUUCUGCUGCGAUCUUACACGGGCAAGGUUUACUCCAAAAAUGACAAGGAGACGAUUCGCGCUAUGAUUAGCGAGCUUUCGCUCAAGUCUGGUGGUGAAAUCGAAGUUGUCCUCCUCGUUCAAGUCAAGGAUAACAAGCUCAAUAUUUUCGAUGACCCCGAAGUAUACCAAAGCGUUUUGCAGAAGCAUAUCCCUCCCGAGUUCCAUGGUAUCACCGUUUUGUGGAAUGACAAGCAGGUCUGGGAUAUCUACACCAAACUCGAUGAAAAGGCACGAACGGUUCACACGGCGCAAUGGCUCUGCGUCCAGAAAUUCAGCGCCGACCACCCCGAAUUCGACUAUAUCUGGAACUGGGAGAUGGAUUUCCGGUUCACCGGCCACCAUUACGAUAUGCUUGAUAACAUUGCGAAAUUUGCCGCCAAGCAGCCGCGUCGAGGCUCCUGGGAACGGAGUGAGCGGUGGUACAUCCCUGAAUAUCACGGCGACUAUGAUACGACCUUCCGCAAGGACGUCGAGGAGACUUAUGCUGGCGAUACUGUUUGGGGUGCCCCCGACCUGCCAUUUAUCAAGCCAGUUGGCCCCAAGCCUCCCGUUAAAACGCCCGAGGAAGAUAACUAUUCGUGGGGUGUCGGCGAAGAGGCAGACUUCAUCGCCCUCGGUCCGAUCUUCAACCCUGUCCACAGUAACUGGAUUAUUGCCGAUAAUGUCUGGGGUUAUUCAGAUAAAGAGCACAGGGCCCGUGAUCUUCCGCGUCGCACCACCAUCGUCACCCACUCCCGUCUGUCGAAGCGUCUUAUAGACAUCAUGCACAUUGAGAACCUGCGUGGAAACCACGUUGCCUCCGAGAUGACCCCCCAGACCUUGGCCCUGAUCCACGGCUUCAAGGCUGUUUACGCCCCGCAUCCCAUAUUUACGGACCGAGAUUGGAACGGCAAAUUCCUCAACCAAUGGUUCAACCCUGGUCCCAAGGGCGAGUCUGGCGGGUAUGGAAGCCCUAUGGGCUGGGGUAGAGAGCGACGAUUCCAGGGCAACUCUUGGUACUAUCGAGCAGAGCCACCGAACCGGAUGUACAACAACUGGAUGGGUUGGGUUGACACGGGCAUUGGAGGCGAGGAAUGGGAGCAGGAACACGGACGACCAUGCCUGCCAUCCAUUUUGCUCCAUCCAGUCAAAGAUACAACGCCCACCAAGAAGGACCACAAGACUGGCUUCGAGCUCUUCUACGGCUAA